CCCGUGCUUCCGGUAGCAGUUGUUUUGAAUUUGAAAACGCUGCGAGAGAUAACAAAUACCCCAUUAGGGAAUAGUUUAUCUAAAUAUAGGCGUAUGUAGCUAAUUCAUCUUGCCGUCAGUGUUUAUUUGGGGCUCGGUACCCUGGUAUUAUUUCCCUUGCAUUAGCCCCUCGUUCCUUCGGGCUUAUUUGAGUAUCAGGCAUGUCUACCCUAUUCCCAUCAUUAUUUCCAAGAAUAACCGAAGCUCUCUGGUUUAAUUUGGACCGGCCCUGCGUGGAUGAAGCCGAAUUGCAUCAGCAAGAGCAGCAGCAUCAAACAUGGCUGCAGAGCAUUGCUGAAAAAGACAACAACCUGAUGCCCAUUGGGAAACCAAUCUUUGAUACAGGUUAUGAGGAUGAAGAAGAAGAGGAUGAUGAGGAUGAGGAAGACAGUGAGGAAGAUUCAGAAGAUGAAGAGGACAUGCAAGACAUGGAUGAAAUGAAUGAUUACAAUGAAUCACCUGAUGAUGGAGAGAUUAAUGAGGUUGAUAUGGAAGGACCAGAUCAAGAUCAAGACCAAUGGAUGAUAUGAAAUCUAUAGACUUUUGCUUAAUCAAUGACAAUUAUCUGCUCAUUUGUACAAAAAUAUUUUUAUAACCUUUCUUGAAAGAGUGUGAAGCAACAUUGGUCUCCAGAACUGUAGAUCAUCACUACUCACACUUUCAACAGCUGACCUUGCAUGUACAAUAGUACACUCAGCAAGAUAAUUUGUUACCUAUAAAGAACUUGCACAGUUGGCAGCAAAGGUGCAAAUGCAACCAGCUGUAUUUUAUUAAACUUAUUUUGUAGAUACAAGCAAUUAAAUUAUCACAGCUACAAUAUAACAUUUGAUCUUUUGUGAUGAUUGUCUAUUUCCCUUGCAUAACAAGACAAAUUCCCACAAUAUUUGUGAGUUCACAAACUUAAUGUGUAGAAUUCAAAUAACAUAUCAUUGUGACUUCUGCCAGGCCAAUUGUCUAGCACAGGGAUGUGAAACCACCUUAGAAGUGUAACCAUAUAAAUUCAAUUUUCUAUAUGCCAUGUUGUACUUUUAAAAAGGUAACAUUAUUUCAGGCAAAAAAAAUUAAUGAAAAUAAUCCUAUUUGAUUCCAAGAUAGAUCAGCUCAGCCAUCCCAUCCCUGAUGCCUUUGCUAUAUUCUAGCGUGGCUCUAUGAAUUUUCCAUUCAUAUAAACCACUUUUGCGAAUGUGUCUAAGAAACUUUGGUGCACCUGGAAAUAAUACAUUGUCAGCCAAAAUGAUUGAUCCCUUUCCCAAGAGUCCAGAUUCCUCAAGCAUCUGCAACAAAUAGGCAGUACUAUAAGCAAUAACUUUAACAGGAUAUUCUUACAUUUUAACUUACUGACAAUUUGCAGUCACGUACCUGCAGGUCUGGGAGGUAACUUCUCUUCCAAUGAUCCAUGAAAACAAAAUCCAGCCUUUCCAGGCCAUAGUCGGACCGCAAUCUGGGGAUUACUUCAUCAGAAGGACUCACAAUUAAUUCCACCUAACAAAGAAGCAAGUUAUAUAUACAUACAUUAAUGAGAUAUAAAGUUACAGAUACAAAUGUCCCUGACAAAAAGACACUUAACUGUAUCAUCAUCUAAACCUGCCAAACGAAUAAUUUUCUCUGCAAUGGAAGCAUUUCUUUGAUCCAUCUCAACACUGUAAAUUCUGCCACCCAGGGGCAGGGACCUGGCCAUCCGCACUGCGCUGUAGCCACAAUGUGUGCCCAGUUCUAACACUGUUAAGGGGCUCUGCUCCACCAAAAGACGGUCUAAGAUCUUUCCUAUACACAAAGUAAAACAAUCUAUCAAUAAUACAGUAAGUGGCAUUUGAAAGAAAUCAUACUGAAGAAGAUACAAAGAUCUACUGACCUUUCUUUGGUCCAAUGUUACUGAUAAACUCCACUUUGGUGCACCAUGUAUCAAAGGCAUCAAGAAUGCUAUCAGCGUCUCCAGGGGUGGCGUGUGUUAAAACAUAUUCAUAAACUCGCUCCUCUCUGCUCAGGCCAGUAGAAAUGUCUUUCCAAAUUCUUACUAAAAUAGCUCGAUAAAACAACAGAAAGAAGUGCCUAUAUCUGAUAAUUAGUGUCAGCAGGAGUGGCAGAAAAGCCAGUGCAAUGGCUGGAGACACCAUCCUAAAACCACAAUGAAAGAAAAAGUUUCAACCUCACAUUCAUAACGUAUAAUUGUAAAUUAUUCCAUAAUACAUAAACCUAGCAAGUAGUAACAACUCAAGCAACAUUCUUUUGUUUAAUUAAGUUCCACUGACCUUUAAAAAGUACUCUCAAUGGUAAUGCAAUGCAAAGAGAUAAAUGCACUGCGAGGAGAGCAGACCAGAAUGACAGCGGUGUUUGUUAGAAAGACUAGUAGACCUGUGGGUAUGAAUAAUAUAUGGUUCGCAUGUUGAUAAACGUCCUCAGAAAAGCCAUAAUUUAAAUGUGACUAAUUUUAACAUAUUGUCAUAUUGCAAUUAAAACAUAUAUAGAUUUUUAGCAAGCUGGAGAAUAUAUAUAGUGUAAUAUUCAUGAUGAAAAGGCUGAAUAAGCCUGGUAAGACACAGGAAGACACAUGAUAUAGAAGCAACGACAGGUGUUUGUC